CAACAUUCGCAAUGACGCCAAAAACUGAAAUAUUUUUGUGCGUUUUUGCAAAACAAACUAUUUUUGUAUAAGAAUUAUAAAAUUUUCUUAAAUUUUGAUAAUUAUAAAAAGAUCAAAUAAGAUAGAAAGUGUUUUAAAUAAUUUAAUAAACAAACAAUGUGAACACAAUAUCAGAAACUAUAAGAAAACCAACUUUAAAAUAAAGUCUAUAGGAAUUUUAAAACUGCAACACCAUGACCACUAAGAAUAUUCCUGUUUCGUUUGAAUUUUUCAAAAAAUACACCUACCAUGAAGAAUGGGUUGAAAGAAUGCUGAAAGUCAAGGCGAAUGGUCAUCAAGAAACCUUUGAAGCACUGCUAAGUAGCGAGGAAUCGAAGGAGAAAGCCCUCAGAUCAUAUUAUGAAGCCUUCUAUUUAAAACCACAAAUUAGAGAAAAAUCACACAUACGUUUAAAGGCAGUACCCAAGAAAAUUAAAGAUAAAUUAUUAGCAAUACCAGUGCAGGACGCUAGUAUCGAAAAUGGAGCAGUGAUUUGUGAUAACAACGAAGAAAUGCAAGAUGCCGGUGGUGGGGAAAUUGUGGAAGAGCAGUUAAAAGAUGGGAAAGGAAGUAAAUCUAAAAAGGAGAAACUUAAACAAAGAAUUUUAAUGACUGCAAGAGAUGUUUGUGAUGUAGAUGAUGGACAGGUGGUGGAAGAUGACAGUGAACCACUUGGUUCACCAGAUAUUAGUUCAAUUCCAAAGCUGUCGGUUGCCAAGGGCAAAGCUAAUUCACCUCUUAAAGUGCAAGGCAAAGAACUACUUGUAGCUGCUCCAUCCAAAGCUUCAACUUCUUCUGACAGCAACAAUACAACAAUUUUAAAACCGGUUAUUGGCAAAAUUGCUGAAACUACUAAUAAAAAAAUUAUUAAACAACAAGGAGCAGCUACGACUAAAGUCUUAACUGAUAAACAAACCGAAAUAAUGGACACUAACAACAACAAUAAUAAGCCAUUAAUUGCUAAUACAGAAUCCAACAAAUUCCCUCCCUCAGUUAAUGCAGAUAAUGGGAAACAUUUUAACUAUAAAGACUUGGUGCCAUAUAUACAUUGUUGUCCCUUAACGUUAAAGGAAUUUCGUAAAUAUAGUAAUAUCAAACAAUUGGCUAAAGAGUUAUGCAAAACGAAACAUAUGGAUGAUAAGCAUCAACGCGUAAUAGAACAACGUUCGUAUAUAUUAUUUUAUUUGGCACCAGAACAUCGAAAAAUUACACCACUUAAUAAGAUACAAAUGUUAGACAAUUGUCCGGAAGAUAUAAAAAGUAAAUUUUUUGUUAUCCCCAAUAAUCUUUACUUAAAGAAACAGGAUUUAGAUAAAACCCAGGAAAAUAUAGAAUCAAAAUCUGUUAAUGAAGUGGAAAGUGUUAGAAAUAAAGAAGAACAACUAGCAGCUACAGUUGUAAAAGCUGUCAAUAGUGUAAAGGAAUCAAAUAUAAAUCAAAAGGCUACCACUAGCAGUCAGCCAGCAGAAAGCGCUAAUGAAAUACCACCAUCUGUUGAUGUUCCUGUGGUGGUAAAUGAAAAUCAACAAAUAAUACCUGAACACAUUAAUGAAACAAAUCAACCACCAAUUAUAUCCUGUUCUACGGCUCAAACAACUGAUGCGAUUAUACAUUUACCCGUUUCUUUGGAGGAAUUUAAAAAACGUACACAUUUUGAAGAAGUUGUGGAAAAAUUAUUUAAAAUAAAAGCUCAAGAUAAUGAAGAAUUAUUUAAUAAAUAUAAAAAUUCUCAGGAAGCUUUUAACACUACUAUUUUCAAUUAUUAUCAAGCUUUUUAUUUAAUACCUACCAUACGUGAAACGUUUCCCAUACGUUUUAAACCUAUGCCAAGUUCUUUAAAAAAUCGUCUGCUACAAAUACCGGAAGGUAUAAAUAGGACAUCAUUGAAUAAUUUUAGAAUAGAGGAUGUUGUUUCGGUGGAAUUUAAUGCUGCUGCUGAGGUUGAAAAGGAGGCAGUAACAGCUGGCCGAGAAGAGACAGCGAAAGCCUUAAACAACUCUAAUACAUCUCAAUCGUCACCUACAAACACAUCCAUCAUCACCAUAAAAACAGAAAAGGAUACUGAAAGUUCGGAUUCAGACAGCAAAACAAACUCACCUUCUUCUAGUAGCACAAAAAGAACCACAACUGAGGAUAUGAAAUCUCCCUUAGCAAAACGUCAAAAAACACAAGAAACUCAAGAUAACACGGAAAAUACUGAAAAAGCAAAAAAAUCUUAUAAAGAAUUAUUACCCUAUGCCCACUGUUGUCCCAUAUCCUUCUCAGAUUUUCGCAAAUAUACCAAUGUCUCAGAAUUAUUCGCUGGUUAUUGUCAAAAACGUUAUAAUAGUCUUAAAAAAUUACCCUAUAUGUUACAACGUGCCUAUGUUUUAUAUUAUUUAGCUCCUGAAAAUAGAAAUUUUAAACCUUUUUGCAAGUUAAUAACAUUAGAUGAAUGUCCGGCAGAUUUAAAAGAAAAAAUGCAUCAAAUACCAGAUAAACUCUAUCUAAAAGGAGAAAAUGCUACACAACAAAUGGAUAUAGAUGAAAUGCAAACUGAAAAGUUUAAAGAAAAUCAAUCAGAAAAUUUUAAUCCCGAACAAACAGCUAUAAAGCCAAAUAAUAAUAGAAAUUCUAUAGAGAUAUUAGAAAAUCGUUUAUUGCCUCCCACACAGAUACCAUUUACAGGACAAGUUAAUGUGGCCAGUCAAUGUCUUAAUAACAAUUGCGUUUUUCAUUACAUCACGCAUGUGGACUUUACUCAGCUUUCAAAUAUUUUAUAUAUCUUACGUGAACCAUCUGAAAUCGCAAUAAUACAAAGUUUCAAAAUAUUUGUUUAUCGUUUACUUAAAGAGCAGAGUUGCGAUGUAGAAUAUAAUAUUAGCGCAUCUUUAUUGUGUAAACUUUUUAAAUACAACAAAAUAUGUGAAAAAUGUGAAAAUGAUAUAAGGGCUCUUUUUCACCAGGAUUCAAUAACAGCAUGCAAUGAAUCGGCAAAGGAAAGUAGUCCUACAAGUGCUCCUAACAAUGAAGCUGUUAGUGAAAGAAGUGAAUCGAAUAAUGAAAGAAUAGAAACUAACCAGGAAGAAGCAACAGUUGAAAUGGAAUCAACUGAAUCUCAGACAGUUAAUAAAGGUUUUAACACAAAGGCAACGGAAAGUGCCACGGAAAGCGGCCAAAGUCAGGUGGACACACCUCAGAUACAAGAAAAGUCACAAGAUUUAUGGAAAAAUUUAAAGUCCGAAAAAAUCUUUCAAAAGUUUUGCCUAAAACUUUUAACUAAACUUAAACAGAGCUUUGAUAAUGCUAUAGAUUUUUGUUCUGAUACCUACGAAAUCUUUUUGCAAUGUAAUGAAAUUCCUUUGGAAAAGCUUUUAAACGAUUUCUGCUUAAACAACAAAGAUAUUGUGGAACGUAUAUUAAAUAAUGCGGAACUAUAUGAAGCACUUCAACGUUAUUUUUACUACAAAUAUAUAACAAAUACAAAAUUUGCCUUAAAAUAUCCGGUAAAAAUUAAAGAAAAUGUAAAAGAAACUCAAAGCGAUAAAAGCAAUACAACAAUAGUGGAGGCAAAUACGAAAACCCCUGUUAAAACAAAUGCAGUUAAAAUCACAACGCCUAAGGCAUCUGAAAAACAAAAUGAUAAUGUUAAUCAAGCAACAAAUUCGCCCGAAAAACCAAUUAGCAAUAAUAAUAUCAUAGAAAAGGCCAAACGUAUAUUCUUUCGCAAUGUGGAAAAGACCAAUACAUUCUCCUAUAUUUUACGCACUUCAUUUGGUCUUAAACAAUUAAUUUUGCGCACCAUUUUAUCACUAACAUUUCAAGAAUUCCUACAACUCACCAGUGUUUACGAAGGCAAACAAUUAUAUAACGAUAAUCAUUUAACCGAAUGUAUGUAUCGUUAUGUCUUUCGUACUCCCGUAGUGUGGCCAACAAAUCUCUUUAUAACACUUAAAGAUUUGUGUGAAUUUUUGCAUAUAAAGAAUAUACGUUUCACUGAUUAUUCCACCAUGUUAAAGCAUAUUUCACCAAAACUACUACACUGGUCUGUUUUGUUGUCAUGUACCAAUAUUUUGGAUUGCGUUAAACUUGAUUACGAAAAACGUACCGGAAAAUUGCUAGAUACUGAUGAUAUUAAAACACUAAAACAGGAAUGUAUUGAGUAUUAUAAUCGUUGUUGGAAAUAUGAAAAAUGGCUGGGAGAUGUACCGUUGGUUAAUGAGGAGUUUUAUAAAGAUUAUUUAAAUAAUAAUGAUCAAGGUGAUGCUACUAUGUUGAAUGAAUCAGCUCUUCAAGAAGUUUGUAUUGAAACCGAGGAAGUUUCAGAUGAUGUUGCAAUGAUCAAUAAUGACAUAGAAGAAGUAGAAGCAGUUGCAGAAAUUGGAGGCGACAGACCAACGGAAAUAAACACCUCUCAGAAUCAAUCUAUAAAAGAAUUUAAUUGUGUUCUACUACCCAAUACACAACAACAAAUUGAAAUGCUACCGGCAGAAGCCAGAGUUUCAAAUGAUCCCUUAAAUAACAGUAACAAUGCAAACACCUUAAAUGUAACUUCCUCAACUAAUAGUGAAAAUUAUGAAGUUGUAUGCUUGGGUGAACUUAUCGCUAAUGAUGUAAAAACUGAACCACUUGACAGUAAAUUAUUAACUAAUUUACUAUUCUAUGAGGAUGAGAACAGUAAUAUGCAAUGCGAACCCUGUUUGCAAGAGAUAGUUGAUUUGGAUGAUUCGGCAGCAGAAGUUUGUGAAAAUUUACCACCUUCUCAAAUAGAAUUUGGAGAUGCCCUGCCAGAACCUCUGUUAUCCACUGAUUUGACAAAUAAUGAAAAUAGUAAUUCUCUUAUGAAUUUGGCACAACGUCUGCCAAGUUCGGCGGAAACUUAUAAUGAAAGCACGGGAACUCAACAGUUUGUGCAGGAACAGAAUGCACCCGUUAUACAAAUGAUAAAUGUUAGCUUAAGAAGUAGCGGUGAGAAUGGAAGUCAAGAGCAACAACAACAAGAUAUGGAUUUAAAAGAUAACACUGAAGAAUUAGAAGUAAUAAAAGUAAAUACUCAAGAAUUCGAAUUAUUACAAACAUCUUUACAAAGUUUUGCGGUAUAUGCUGAAGCUCAACGUUUUCCUAGUACCUUUGAAGAAACUCCAACUUGUAGUGGUUCGUUAAGUGCAGAACCAACAACGUCAAUUUUAUUACAGCAGGAGCUAAUAAAGACCUCAACUUUGGAAAAUUCAGAUCUUAAUGCUCAUUUGGUAUCUAAUGAAGUAUCACAACCAACUGUAUUGAAUACUUUGCAAACUUCACAACAAGCCAAUACUGCUCUACCCAAACGUAGGGGUUUUGAAAAAACUUAUUCUGCAGUAAAAAGUUCCAAAAGUAUAGCAACAGUUAGACCUAUAAAAAAUUCCAAUUUUGUACCACAAAUUCAACAUAAUACACGCCCUUUGCUAACCAAACCGGCCUAUACAGCUAGCAGCAGUAGAAAUAAUAAAGCAUUACCUUCUGAACAACUUUCAGAACAACCUCCCGGCACAAGUUUAACACCUAUAGAGGAGGAUAAUUCAGUUACAAACGAACAAUGUGUAGAUACUCUGCCAUCUGUGGGUACAAUUAUACAAAUUUCUCAAGAAUUCCAAAAAAAUUGUUCAGUUUUCAAUAACACUUCACUAUUGAGACUUGUUGAUCAUAAUUAUCAAAAACAGAGUCAAACAAGUUUGCCAUCAUCAUUACCCUCGACACAAACGCAAAACGAAGAACUAGCCAAAACUGUUGACAACGAUGGAAAUCAACAGCAGUUGCAGACCUGUUCUCUAACAUUGACACAACCAGAAAAUGAAGAAGCAGCAGGAAGUCAACAACAACAGCCUGUCCGCAGAACUACUAGGAGAAGUUCUAUGUUAGGUUCACAGCCUACUAAUCCACCAGAAAAUACUGCCAGCUCUACCGACACCACUUCAAAUCAAAUAAAUCCUCCUGUCUCUCCCACAAGAGCAACACGUAGUAGAAGUAGUUUAUGCAAAGAUUCCAAAGAUAAGGUAAAUAAUCCCCUUCUAACUUCCCAUACUAACAAUCCAAUAGCUACAAUAGCACCUACCCCACAUCAACAGCAUCCCCAUAAAAUGGUGACCAAACUUUGUCUAUAUCGUCAAAUUAAUAAAUUUCAUUAUUUCAAAGAACUUACUGCCCAACACAUUUGCAAAUAUCUACUGCCCAGUCUGGAGUAUGGUAAAUCCUAUACCGAGGCUACAAUAGUUUGUGAAAAUUUCAAAACUCGCAUAUCAAAUCGUUCGAUAUCUGCUCUAUUUCCCUUUUGGUCACAAAGUCUACAAAGAGAUUUUCUUUUGGUUUUAAGUGAUCUUAAAGAAUUUCAUUAUGUCACGUUUGAAAGUGAACGCAUGCAAAAACAUGAUGAUUUAAGAGCUCGGAUUUUAUAUUGGCUUUUAAAUACGGCGCCCUCUUUUGCUCUAUGCCAAUUUGUUUGCGAAGCAAAUAAUACGGAAUUUUCUUAUUGUGAAACUAUAAAGAAUGCUAAUAAUCCGAGUUAUAAGCGUAAACCUUUUAAGUGUCUGUCAAAUGCUUUGAGUUCGAAAGUUUUGGAUAAAAUUAGAGAAAAGAAAAGGAAUUCGAAGAAAGAAAAUUAAAAGUCUAAAAUCUAGACUAUAGUUUAACCUAGUCUAUAGUCUAGUCCAUAGUCCUGUCUAUAAUCUAGUCUAUAGUC